GACCACCUGAAUGAGGCACUUGCUGGUACGGACCACUCAUGGACAGCUUUAACACUUAAGUUGUGCACUGCUCUGGAAACUGCAAACAAGUUGGUGCAGUCAACCAACUCUCAUGUUGGAUUGCUGUCGGAGAAGGUUGGGGAGCUUGAGAGUGUCAUUAAGAGAGGAGAUUCUGCCAUAGCAGCGGCGAAAACCAUCCACAACUCACUAAACCGAAGAGAAGGAUCGUUUAGCAGUCAAAAGGAGGAUUGAAACAAUUUUCUUGUGCACAUAUGUGGAGCAGAAUGUUAGCCCAUUCUUCCUGUUGAGGAAGAGUUUGGCAGCAAUCUGGAAAAAGAGAAAUGUGAUCUAUUAGAGGUGUGUUCUUUCUUGUUGGUUGCUUUCAACUUCUUUUUUUUUUUUUUUUUGGUGAAUUUGCAGUGGUUGAAGUGAGCUAAAUAUUAAAUUAGGUAAUUCUAGAAUCGAGAUGUGAAGUUUCUUAUGUUACAGACAAAAGUUUUAGAUUGUUACCAACAAAGUGAGCUAAAUUAGGUCUUAAAUUGUUCUGCUGCAACGUUUGUUUGACUCGAGUCCAUAUCCUCUUCUGUACUGAUUAAGGCAAAACAAAGAACAUACUUCUUUUUUACACUUGAAGCAUUAUUUAAAACCAGUGCUUUCACAAA